GAACCCCAGAGGCGCGGCCUCGGCAGGCUGUGGGGCAGGCCGUGCUGGCGGCUCCAGUGCAGUUCGGGCUCCAGAGAAGCUCCAGGAAAAUAAUGAAUCUGUUUCUGGAGCUUCUCCUGUUCCUGGCCACGCUUCUCUACUCCUACCUGGAGGCUUUUGUGAAACUGUUCGUGCCUGUGAGGAGAAAGUCUCUCGGCGGGGAGCUGGUGCUCAUCACGGGCGCUGGCCAUGGCGUCGGGAGAGCGACCGCCUUGGAGUUCGCCAAGCACCAGAGCAGGCUGGUUCUGUGGGACAUCAAUAAGCACGGCGUUGAGGAGACGGCAGCAGAAUGCCAGAAGCUGGGAGCCACUGUUCAAACCUUUGUGGUGGACUGCAGCAAACGGGAGGAGAUCUACAGCGCUGCAGACAAGGUGAAGAAGGAUAUUGGGGAUGUGACUAUCCUGGUGAACAAUGUCGGUGUGAUUACAGCUGCCGAUUUUCUCUCGACUCAGGACCACCAGAUAGAAAGGAUGUUUGAAGUCAACAUUCUGGGCCACAUGUGGACCACAAGAGCUUUCCUGCCAGUCAUGAUGAACAACAACUAUGGGCACAUUGUCACGGUGGCUUCAGCAGCAGGUCAUUUUGUGACUCCUUUCAUGGUGGCAUAUUGCUCAAGCAAGUUUGCUGCAGUUGGAUUUCAUAAAGCUCUGACAGAGGAGCUGUCUGCCCUUGGAAAGAAUGGAAUAAAAACAACAUGCCUUUGUCCAGUUUUUAUAAAUACUGGAUUUGUCAAAAACCCCAGUACAAGGCUUGGAAAGAUUUUGGAGAUUGAAGAAGUCGUACAGGCUUUGAUGGAAGGAAUAGUGACCAACCACAAAAUGGUUUUCAUUCCACCACAGCUAAACAUUGCUUUGCUUUCUGAAAUGGUGUUUCCAGAACGUGCCCUGAACCUUCUGAAGAAGAUGACCAUUCCAAAGUUUGAUGCAGUCAUUGGGCAGAGAAGCACACAGUGAAAAGCAAGAAUUGAUUCUCAUUUCCCAGAGGCACCAGUGAAAAGAGAACAUGUGCUGAGCAUAAUUCAGCUGCCUUGAUUUGGAAGAGAGUUCAAGCAGAUGCUUCCAGGCCACCAUUCCCAGGCACACCUGCACACCUAAGGGCUUGGGCUUAUCUCACACCUGCAGCUAGAACACACCUGCAUAACAGGGUGUAAUAAUAGCAGGCUGCAUAAUAGCAAAGCACUGAUACGGCUCUAGAAGGGCUGCAUUGAAUGUAUUUCCCAUCACCUUUGUCUCAUUGUGCUGGGGCAGGCAGGAUGCCCACAAAGAUCAUGUUUGGGACAACAUAGCUCCUUAGUUGAGUGCAAAGGGAUUGCCUGAGAACAUGUUAAUCUGGACUCAUCCCUGAACAAAAGCAUCUUGCAAGUAGCAAUUUAUAGAGGAGGUGAGUGGCCUGUUUCAUCUCACUUAAUAAUUUUAAGUUUAAAAAAAUGUGCUCUAAUGAACACUUAGAGUUUUGUGUGCAUUUAUAAUGAGCAUUAUUGAAUUAUUAUUGAAAUAAUACAGCCUUAUUAGUAAUGUAAUGUCUAAUUACAACAUUUAUCAAUUAUGCAUUAGCACCAUGAAUACUACAUGUUACAAAUAAAUACAUUUUUCUAACCCAAA